CAGUUCUUGCCAUUGUCAUCUUGAAGGACCCUGGGCCGGAUGGGGUCCGUUCCCCUUCAGGUGUGGGGAGCAGGGUCUAGUGGUGACUCUAGAAGCUGCUGGGGACCUGGAUGCCUGGCUUCACCCACAGCUCUGGUACCGUGAAGUAGAAGCAAUGAGCUCCAAGCCCGGGUUCCCUGCCCAGAGCUGGGCAUGGGAGCCAGGGAGGGAAACAGCAUCAGCACUUACUGGGCCGGUAAUCACCAGCUGGGAGCUGGGCGCUGGGAAGGAGAUGGGAGCCCGCACGCCUGGGUUCAGGCAGGGCCCUGGGGUGUCCGGCUGCAGCCGGUUCCCAGGACCCCGCUUUCCUUGGUGCCUCAGUUUCCCUGCCCGAGUGCUGCCCCCUCCUGUCCCAGGGUAGCGGAGCUCGGCGCACGCAGGAGAGAACCCAGGAGUCCGGGGCGGCGGGUCAGGGUCAGGCCCCCUGGGAGCACGGCUAGGGACAGGGAAACUGAGGCAUGUAGGGGGCGGGACGCACACACACGGCGGCCGUCGUGUCGCGACCGCGGGGGGGGGUCGCAGUGGUCCCGCCCCCGGUGACGUCACGAAGCGGCGGCCCGGGCAGGGCGAGGCGGCAGCGACGGUGGCGGGUCGGUCCCGCGGGCCCAGGCAGGAGCAGCAUGGCGGCAGGCCUGGGGGGUGCCCUGCUGCUGCUGGCAUUGCUGGAGCUGAAGCUGGGGGGCACCGAGAGCUCCCCUUGGGACCUGGUGCCCCGUAAGACUGUGCCUUAUGGUGCCCCCAGGGGCAGGGCAGGGCCAGGCCUGCCAAGGCACUGGGGUGGGCGCUGCUUGGUCUUCAGCCCCACAAAGACUCCCUUGUGCAAGAGAGCCGGAUGGUGUGGGGGAAGGGGCCGGGCUGGAGCCAACACCACCCCCCUGCCCCAAGCAUGUGCCUUUGAGGGGGCUGCAGAGCUACCAGCUGGAGUGCGGCGCUUUGGGGGUGCAGGAAUGAGCCACUUCCUGACGCUGACACUGGACGAGGCUGAGGGGCUGCUAUAUGCAGGCGCCCGUGAGGCCGUCUUCGCCCUGUCCACUGCUGCCCUCAACCUGCAGGCCACGAUCUUGUGGGAGGCACCUGAGGACAAGAAGCUGGAGUGUAUCCAGAAGGGCAAGAACAACCAGACUGACUGCUUCAACUACGUGAGGCUGGUGCAGCCGCUCAAUGCCUCGCACCUCUACGCCUGUGGCACUGGUGCCUUUCAGCCCAAGUGCGCCUACAUCGACCGCGCUACCUUCUCCCUGGACCCGCAGGCUUUUGAGGACGGGAAGGGCAAGUGCCCCUACGACCCUACCAAGGGGCACACCGGCCUUGUCGUGGAUGGAGAGCUGUAUUCGGCCACACUUAACAACUUCCUGGGCACGGAGCCUGUGAUCCAGCGCAACUUGGGCCCCCGCUACUCCAUGAAGACUGAGUUUCUGCCCUCCUGGCUCAAUGAGCCACACUUUGUGGGUUCAGCCUUCGUGCCUGAGAGUGAGGGCAGUGCCAGCGGGGACGACGACAAGGUGUACUUCUUCUUCAGUGAGCGUGCUGUAGAGUAUGACUGUGACACCCCCCACGUCGUGGCCCGUGUGGCCCGUGUUUGCAAGGGGGACAUAGGCGGUGCACGGACGCUGCAGAAGAAAUGGACGUCGUUUUUGAAGGCACGGCUGGUGUGCGCCUUGCCCGAGCAGCAGCUCCACUUUGACCGCCUGCAGGCGCUGGCCACGCUGCCCAGCCCCGCCUGGUCCCACACCGCCUUCUUUGGCCUCUUCCAUGCCCGCUGGGGGGAUGUUGUGGUGUCGGCCGUGUGCCAGUAUGACCUGAAGACAGUGCAGCAGGCGUUUGAUGGGCCCUACAAGGAGUAUCAGGAGCAGGCCCAGAAGUGGGGGCGCUACUCGGACCCAGUGCCCAGCCCCCGGCCUGGCGCGUGCAUCACGGCCUGGCACCGGGACAAUGGCUUUGCUAGUUCCCUGGAGUUGCCCGACAACACCCUCAACUUCGCUAAGAAGCACCCACUGAUGGACGAGCCAGUGCUGCCACAUGGCGGGCACCCACUGCUUCUCAAGAAAGGCGCCAACCUCACACACCUGGCUGUGGACCGGGCCCAUGGUCUGGAUGGGCAGCUCUACAAUGUCCUUUUCCUUGGCACAGAUGAUGGGUGGUUACUGAAGGCAGUGAGCAUGCCCACGCAGGUCCAUGUGGUGGAGGAGCUGCAGAUCUUUGAGCAAGGGCAGCCUGUGGAAAGCCUGGUGCUGGCACCCCAGAAGAAGUUGGUGUUUGCGGGCUCGCGCACUCAGGUGGUGCGGCUGCCCCUGGCCGACUGCAGCAAGUAUCUCUCAUGCCCUGACUGCCUCCUGGCCCGUGACCCACACUGUGCCUGGAGUCGCAACGCCAGCCGCUGUGUCCGUGCUGAUGGGCGCAAUCGGGCCCUGCUGAUCCAGGAUGUAGCCGCUGCCAACACGGCCCUCUGCAGCCUGCCCCGAGCUGUCAAGCCAGCACCAGCGGCACCCAAGAACGUGACGGUGGCGGCGGGCACAGACCUGGUGCUGCCUUGCCGCCUGGCCUCCAACCUGGCACGUGCACGCUGGACCUUCAACGGGCGGGAGCUGCCGGCCGAGCGGGUGCCUGAGCUGGCUGAUGCCCAUGUCCGUGCCUUGCUGCUGCUGGGUGCUGGUCCCCAGCAUGCUGGCACCUACCAGUGCUUUUCAGAGGAGCAGGGUGCCCUCCUGGCCACUGAGGCCUACGCUGUAGCUGUGUUGCCUGGCCUAGCCACCACGCUGGAGGCACGGGCGCCACUGGAGGGCCUGGGGCUGGUGUGGAUGGUGGCCGUGGCCUUGGGUGCUGUGUGUGCCGUGCUGCUGGUUGUUGUGCUGUCCCUACGCCGGCGGCUCCGGGAGGAGCUGGACAAAGGGGCCAAGGCAGCCGAGCGCACCCUGGUCUACCCUAUUGAGCUGCCCAAGGAGCCAGCCAGCCCCCGCUUCGCCCCCAGCACUGCCUCUGACUCAGAUGAAAAGCUUUGGGACCCUGGCAGCUACUAUUAUUCGGAUGGCUCCCUCAAGAUUGUGCCGGGCCAUGCGGCCUGCCCUAACGGGGGCCCUGCACCCAGCCCUGGCAUCCCUGGGCAGCCCCUGCCCUCACCGCCCCCCCGCGCCCCACUGGGCGGCUUGCGGGGCUCGGCCUCCAAUGGCUACAUCCGGCUGCAGCUGGGGGCAGAGGCGAGGCCUGAGCGGGGCGAGCUGGCCGAGGAGCUGCGGCGCAAGCUCAAGCAGCGCCAGGCUCUGCCCGACUCCAACCCCGAGGAGUCCUCGGUGUGAGGCGCUGCCUGCGCCCCCACCGCUGCACAGCUACCUCACGGCCUGGCCCCCUGGGCCGAGACCUGGACCCGGGCCUUGAUCCCCACACCCAGACCUAAACACAGGCCAGAGGUUUAUGCUCUGGCCUGAGGCCCCAGCUCUCAGGCCUGGACACUAGCUAGACUCAUGGCCUACAUCAAAGCCCAUGCUUCAAGGCUCAGGCCUAUGCCAAGGCUCAGGCCUAUGCCAAGGCCCAGCCCCAGCGGGGACGUUUUUAAGGUCCCCUUUUUCUACACCUCUUUCCCCUGGGGAAGCUCACAGCCACCGGCAGCGUCAAAGGAGGCCGAGGGCUCCAGCAUCUGUCCCAUCACCUUCCCCAGCCAAGGCUGGGUUUGGCAGCUUCUAGUAGACAGACAGGCCUCCCCCCCUGCAGGGGAGGGGACAGCUGGGCCUUGGCCCCCUCCUGGCACCCAGCAUAGCCCACAGAGCUGGGCUCCAUGCCACCCCCACCCCCUCCCCUAUGGGGCAGGGGCAUUGUGAGGAGGGUGCCAGUGUACAUAACCCCUCCCUCUGCCGUGUCCCCUGCACGCCAGCUUCCCUCACCCCCUCCACCACACACCCCUUUUUUAUCGGUGCCCCAAGCCACACAGUCCCGGUAAUUUAUUUGUUACCGAAAUGUAUUUAUUUGCUGUAAAUACUCAAGGAUUUUUAUAUUAAUAAUAAAAGGGAGAGAAGCUCCA